AUGGUGACUGCUGCAUUACUUCACGCUAACGCGCUGAUAGCCGUCACCGGACUCGUCACCCUGGGGCUGUUCUGUGCCGGCGUCUCCGGCGAGAAGUUUCACUUUCCCGACUUUGUCGCCAUCGAGCACAACGAAGCACCGGUGUGUGGCGGAUGGAUCAUCGAUAAGCCGUUCCGGAGGUACGUCCUCACGACGGAACGGUGUGCCGCGCGCGCUCCACCUCGUGACUUGCUCGUGCGCCACGGUACGGCGCGAGUAACCUGGCGGACGUACAGUAGUGGCGUCGAUCGGAUACUGCACCACCCGUCCCAUGACCAGCGGCACCGGCUGGUGGUGCUCAGUACCUUCGGGAAGUUCCCGAAGCAACCGACAGCCGACGAAGGGCCGACGCUGCGCGAACUCUACAACGGCACGGUGGUGCUCGGUUGGCGCCGGAAUCAGGCUGGCUUCCUGGAGAAAAGUAUCCUGAUUUUGGAGAACCAUGAACUCGACUUUGCCCCAAAGCUCGUCGGUCACCUGCUUUGCAACGAACCGGAUACGUUCCUGGUGGAGGGUGGACUACUGGUGCGUAAUCUGAAACCGUACGCCAUGAUGUCGGUGGUUCCGGACGAGACUGGCCCGUGCGGGAUGGCGGUGGAUGUGGUGGACGUCGGAGGUGCUACUGCGGGCAGCGAGUGGAGUUUGGCCAUUUUGCGGGACUACGUUGAGGGCGCCACUGGUACACUGCUGGAGGACUCGUCGGAGACGAAACCGCCGGUGCACUCAGUCACCGAACCCAACACACUGUUCGGGUACAUCGUCUACAUGAUCUUCCUGGGCUACAGUGUGCUCUACACACUGCUCUACUUUGUGUUCGGUGUCGGAGGCCUCUACGCCAGCACGUCGUUGUAG